AGAUGUGAAUAGCUUGUUGCUAACUAGCUGAAUCAUUUCGGGGAGGUAGCUUCGUUUCUCAUAUUUCGUCGUUUCGGGUUUGUCUUGCAGUACAAUGGCAGCGAGAUACGACAGAGCAAUCACGGUCUUUUCUCCUGAUGGUCAUCUAUUUCAAGUGGAGUACGCACAGGAAGCUGUAAAAAAAGGUUCAACAGCGGUGGGGAUCAGAGGUAAAGACAUUGUUGUCCUUGGCGUGGAGAAGAAAUCGGUGGCAAAGUUGCAAGAGGAAAGAACUGUUCGCAAGAUCUGUGCACUGGAUGAACAUGUCUGCAUGGCAUUUGCGGGUCUGACAGCAGAUGCCCGUAUUGUGAUAAACAGAGCACGGGUUGAGUGCCAGAGCCACAGGCUAACAGUUGAGGACCCUGUCACAGUGGAAUACAUCACACGGUACAUAGCAACGCUGAAACAGCGCUAUACUCAAAGCAAUGGCCGCAGACCGUUUGGAAUCUCAGCCCUAAUCGUUGGUUUUGACUAYGAUGGAACUCCCAGGUUGUAUCAGACCGACCCAUCAGGAACCUACCACGCAUGGAAGGCAAAUGCGAUUGGCCGUAGUGCAAAAACUGUGAGGGAGUUCUUGGAGAAGAAUUACACAGAGGAAGCCAUUGCUGGGGACAAUGAGGCAAUCAAGUUGGCAAUUAAGGCAUUGCUUGAGGUUGUCCAGUCUGGAGGAAAAAAUAUUGAACUUGCUGUGAUCAGACGAAAUCAGCCACUCAAAAUUUUGGAAUCCAAGGAGAUUGAGACUCUGGUGGCUGAGAUUGAGAAGGAAAAAGAAGAAGAGGCAGAGAAGAAGAAGCAGAAAAAAUCCUCUUGAAGCUGUUGAUAUGAUCUUUAUUGCACUAAGAUUGCAAUAGGUUUUUUUUUUUGGAUUCUAAAUAUUAAUUUCAGAGGAUUUACUUGGUUAUCUCUUUGUGAAGGCCUGAAUCCUAACUUGAGAGCAGCUCAUGUCGCAUAAAUGUUUUCACAUGUUGCUUUACAAAGUGAAAAGAAUAGCAGGUUAACUCAAUUUGGACACGUUCACUAAUUCAAAAUCAAUGACUAUGUUAAUCCAAACCUUAUAUUAAUGCUGUAGGCACAAAGUUGUGCUGCUCUAAAGUUAGGAUUUACAUCUUUUUCCACGCCUACAAUAAGUUUUUUUUAUUAUUUACCAAAAGGCUCAGAAACUUUUASAAUUUCAAAUGUUGAAAUAAAUUCUUUGCAACAUGAGCAUACGGAAACUAAAUAAUCAAUAAAAGUGGAUUUUUCUUUGUA